GAGUCCGACACAUUUUUUUUCGUUUCUCGCAGGAAGGCUCGAGAUACAUUGAAGAUGACAUCAGUACCAAGGGCUUGUCUUUUCACUUUUGCUCUUCUUUCAUUUCCAGUUCUUACGACAUCUCAUUGGUGGUUUAUGUCUCGAGUGUUCUCUUUGGGCGCGAAAAUCAUGUGUAAUCUAGACAUGUCAGGCUCGUAUUUGCUCAGUUAUCAUCAGAAGCUAUGCCGCGAGAAUCCUGAUGUGAUAAUUAACAUCGGGAAAGGUGCAAAGCUUGGUAUAGAAGAAUGCCAGGAACAGAUGGAGAACGAAAGAUGGAAUUGUUCUACUGUAGAACAGGACACCAGCGUUUUCGGAAAGGUCAUGCAAAAAGCAAGUCGAGAGAAAGCUUUUGUCCACGCGAUAACUUCAGCCGCAGUUGUGCAUCAAGUAACUCGAGCAUGUCGUCGCGGCGAACUGAGAAAUUGUUCUUGCGAGAAGAAAACUGACGGUAGAAGUAACGAGGAAUUCAAUUGGGGAGGAUGCAGUGACAACAUUGCUUACGGUCUAAGGACUGCAAAGCUGUUUGUGGACUCUUUCGAAAAAGAGACAGAUGCGAAGGCAAUGAUGAAUUUGCACAACAAUUUGGUCGGGCGAAGGGCUGUAAAACGCCACAUGGUAAUAAAGUGCAAAUGUCACGGCAUUUCCGACUCCUGUGAAUACAGGACAUGCUGGAGAACGAUGGCUCCGUUUAGCGUGGUGGGCAACUUUCUCAAACGAAAACAUCAAAAAGCGUUUAUGGUAACUGUUAAUCAAAAGAGCAACGAACUCCUAUCGGCAAGAGAUGACUCUCAACUAAAACCAUCACGAGACGAUCUCGUGUUUUUGGAGAAGUUCCCGGAUUAUUGUGUUCGCAACCCAGGCACCGGCUCACUUGGCACCACGGGAAGAAUUUGUAACCAGAACGUGCCAGAGGAUUAUGGGAGCUGUGAUGUUCUGUGUUGCGGGCGUGGGUACAACACGAUUCAAGUCGUAGAGGAAUACAAAUGCGAUUGUACAGUUCAGUGGUGUUGCCAAGUUAACUGCAAAACUUGCAGAAGAAUCGUUGACAUGCACUUGUGUAAACCACCCGAACAAACGAACUUUGAGAAAAGCAUCUCGCGCAAUUAGCUUCCUAUAAGGAAAGACUGAUGCAAUAAUGUACCUUAACACUAAGGUGUUUAAAUUAAGCUGAGUCAAACCAAAACGCCAUAGUUCAUUUUUGCAACGCUAUAAAACUUGUUUAGACAGAAGAAAACUUUCAGUAGAAUGAGAAAACGAAAAAACUUAAUUGAAAGUGGCCGCAUAUGAAAGGAAACAAACAUAUUUAUCGAUGUAGAACAUUUCAAAGCGAAUUUCGACCGUGUGUUGUCAAACCAAAACCAAGUUAUUCAAAAGGGCCAAUCAGAACAAAGGAAAACAUCUCAAGAAGCCAAUGAAAACUAAAGGUAAAAACAAGGAACCUCCUGAAGCGCGAGAAAACGCCGCGACUGGUUUAAGCUUUGAAUCUGAUCAGUGUCUGAUUGGUUUAGAAAGAAGCGCGAGUUUCUGGACUGGUAACAAAGCAAAACAGAAAAAUCGAAGCAAUCCCGGAUUAUUUUUAAUACUCAAAUGAAAAUUGAUCCGAGCGGGAAUUUCAAAUAACAAAGUCAAGUAUACGUUCGUUUAAGAAACCAUAAAGUCAUACUCUGUAAAUAAAAUCAUUUGUUGCUCUUUCUGAGUUUAAUACUUAAAAGGCUCUUAAAUCAAAACAACAGGUUCUUCACUUCGCUCUGUUAUUUGAAUAGCGAAGAACUGAAAGUGAAUAAAAUUUAAAGAU